AUGCACGCUCUCUCUACUCUCCUGCCCACCUUGGGCCUCUUUGCCCACCUCGGCUCCGCUGCCUACUCGUUGGUGGAUGACUAUGGCAACACCGAUUCGUUCUUUGACAAGUUCGAUUUCUAUACGAGCUCGGACCCUACCAACGGAUACGUGAGCUACGUUGACCAGUCGACCGCUAGCAACGCUGGUCUCAUCAAUGCUUCUGACGGCUCUGUCUACAUUGGUGUCGAUACCACCAACACCGCCAGCUCUCCCGGCCGCGAGAGUGUGCGUAUCUCGAGCACGAAUACCUACACCCAUGGGCUCGUAAUUCUGGACCUCGCCCACAUGCCCGGCAGUGUCUGUGGCACCUGGCCUGCCUUCUGGAUGCUCGGCUCGGACUGGCCUAACAAUGGCGAGAUUGACAUCAUUGAAGGUGUCAGCACCAAUUCUCAGAAUCAGAUGACUCUACACACCAGUGACAGCUGCUCGAUCACUAGCUCUGGUUUUAGCGGCAACCUCCAGACUAGCAACUGCUAUGUCGACGCCUCGGGCCAGUCUGAAAACUCAGGUUGCGCAAUCCUCAGCAGCGACGACUCGUCCUAUGGAGACGGCUUCAACUCUGCUGGUGGCGGCGUCUACGCCACUGAGUGGACCAGCUCUGGCAUCAGCAUCUGGUUCUUCAGUAGCGGUAGCGUUCCCUCAGAUAUCACAAAUGGCAGCCCCGACCCCUCUGGCUGGGGUACUCCUAGUGCGGCGUUCUCCGGCAGCUGUGACAUUGACUCUCACUUCAACGAGUUGCAGAUUGUCUUCGACAUUACCUUCUGCGGUGACUGGGCUGGUGAUGUCUGGUCCUCCGACAGCACUUGCUCCGCCAAGGCUUCCACCUGCAACGACUAUGUUCAGAAUAACCCCAGUGCCUUUGACGAGACUUACUGGCAAAUCAACUCCCUCAAGGUCUACCAAGACAGCUCUAGCACCAAGCGUGAUGCUAUCCCGAAGCCUCACCCGCACGCUGCCAAGCACGUCGGUCGCUCUGCUCACGGUGCUCGUCCUGGACCCCGCCCCGCGUGGAAGCACCGCCGCUCGCAGUACAAGAAUGCCCAGUAG